AUGAUAUUCAUUGAAGGGAGUUGUAUGUGUAUCUGUACACAGGCGCGAAGUUGGUGGAGGAAAGAUCGUUCGGCGGGGAUGGAUGUGGAGCUCAUCACGGAAUCCACCGCACUAGUACGUCUCGGUGGAAAAGGCAGUGCAGUGCACCAGAUGCGAAAUCGCUUGAUGGAAUACAUGCUGUUGAAGAGCCAGCAGGCAUAG